GACGCGUCCGGUGUGCUGGGGCCUUGCAGCAGCUGGGUAGCAGUGACGUCCACCAAGCCACAGGGGAGCCGAUAACCACACAUUCAGCUUGCAGGUGGAACCCUUCGCCAUCGGGUGACCUCUGCCGCCGCCCAACGUUCCCAACUCCGACAGGAACCGGUACGUACCUGUUGCGUUGUAACGGGGAAAGCGGUGAGCUCCAGAAAUUCGGCCCAAGACCAUCCAUCACUUUCGACCGUCUCUAGCCUCACCCUCGUCCCUCAUAUCCCCCACCGCCGGGCACAGAAGACGUCGCCUUCUUUUGCGAGAAACUCUGUGCUGCGCCGUGUGCUUUUGGCAUUGUUGCAGGGAGAUAAUCAAGGUCGGGCUAUUGUCUCCGUUGAAACCCCGCAGUACCAGAGACUGUCGCCGAAUAGAACGUACACACACUCAACAACUCAACAUGUUCAACUGGGCCAAGCAACAACUGGCCAACGUUGCCGGCACUCAGGAGCCCAUCUAUGGGCCGAGUGCGAUAAAGUCGGUUGCCGAGGAGGCCAAGACCACGCCUUACACGGAGCUUACACGUGAAGACCUGAAAUGGAAGGCCAUGGAGUCGACCUGCGUUGAGACGCAGAGUUUCUACCUGGUCGCAGACAGUGGCCAGCUUGCGUUCUGCCAAGUAAUCUAUAGCAACGUUGCCGGCAUCCGCACUACAUGCCAGUUCAACACCAAGGUCUUCAACCUAGACGGCACCGAGCCUCACCUGUGGUGCUCGACGCCCCUAAGCGAGCACUUCUUCAGCGAGGACAUGACGGGCUUCUUUGCGAACGACUGCGCCCUCGAGCUGUCCGAGGAGGGCGACUGCUACAUCAUCAAGUCGAUGACGGACGAGCGCGCCAUCGUCAACCUCAAGGUGACAAGGUCGGCCCCGGGCUUCCACGCCGGCAAGACGGGCAACACCCUGUUCGGAACCGACCUCGCCAAUCCCUGGGGUAGCAUGCGCCACGCCUUCUGGCCCAGAUGCGAGGUUGAAGGUACCAUCACUACGGCCGACGGGCCUAUAGACAUGAAGGGGCUUGGCCUUUUUAUCCACGCUCUCCAGGGCAUGAAGCCGCACCACGCCGCCGCCGGCUGGAACUUUGCGAGCUUUCAUGGCAAGAGCCACUCGGCCGUCCUGAUGGAGUACACGACGCCGCCUUCGUACGGCUGCACUACGGUUAGCGUUGGCGGCAUCGCGCGCAACGGCGACAUCGUGGUCGCGGGCUGCUCCAGCCACGCCGAGCACGUCACGACUAAGGGCGACUCGGAGAAUGACUGGAAGGAGCCGGCAAAGGUCAAACUCACGUGGUCCGGGGUCGGUAAAGACCAGAAGCCUGUCGAGGCUGUUCUCGAGGGCGAUUACGAGGACCGCCUGGACCGUAUCGACGUCAUGGCCGAGGUCCCUGGGUUCGUCAAGAAGUUUGUUGGCGCCGCCGUCGGAACCAAGCCAUACAUCUACCAGUACUUGCCACGCAAGACGCCCCUGAGCCUAAAACUCAAGAUUGGAGAUGAACCCGAAAUAACGGAAACAGGUGUUGUUUUCUGCGAGGCAACAUUUAUCACGGAAUCGGAGCCAGUGGCCGAGAACUGAUGGGAUUAUCGGCGCUAUGUGUUGUUCGGCUACAUACCUUUGUUCGCUAUUUUUGGGUACCAAUGAUUCUUUGGCCCUUAUUAGUAGACAGAUUUUCAGGCUCUGGGGUUGAUAAACGGCGUUGGAUGUUUGCAGGAUAAAUGAGCUUUUACUCACUGUAUCAGGGAUUCAGUUGGCAUUCCUUGGGAUGAUGCAGUGCCACAAAGGGCACCAUAUAUCGCAAGCGUCGACCACAAGAUGGCAGAUAAUACUGGCAAUCGGUGCGAAACUCAUAGUUUGCUCUGGGGCCAAUCAGACUGACGCCGAGGGCAUGUUGAGCAGUGGCCCGAUGAGCAUGUUCAAAGUAUUGCGUUCUCAUCUUGUCUCACUGCGAGUGUCUGUUUGGUAGGAAUGGUGCUUUGUCCCUGACCAGCAAGGGAGAAAUCCUGCUUGCGGGCGCUGUACGAGGCUAUUUGGAGCAUAAUGGUUAAACGAACUGCAUAGGACAAGUUCGCCCGGAUCGGGACACAGAUGUCUUGGGCGUGAUAUCGCACGCCAAAGGGUCGGAUUAGAAAGGGAUAUGGGGCGUUUACGGUACCGGCGUAUAAUGUCACCUCUGGUCAUAUUGGC